UCUUUCCUUAACUCCAAAACAUCUCACUUUCCAUAUCUUACACCCACAAUCACAAUCACAAUCACACCCAAAACACACACACAUUUCAUCACUCCAUUUCAAAACCCCUCAAAUUCAAUGACCCAAAUCUCACUCAAACCCUAAAUUAUUCUCCAAAAAAUGUCUAAAAACCAUUUCAUAUUCAAUCAAAACACACAAUUAUGAUUUCAUCAUCACCAUCUCCAUGGCUUCCGACAUUACUUUUAUUAACACUAUCUCUCCCAAUUCUUUUCUUCUUUGCUUCACACAUCUUGCCACCACCGCCACCGCCGAUCUCCUUGCCGGACGAACUUGAUGACCUCACUCUUUUCCGGCGAGCAUCCACCGUCGAUUCCCAGCCGACCCAUAAACCCAAAUCAAGGCUUGGAUCCACCAACAGAAAGCCCAAGAUUGCUUUUUUGUUCUUAACAAAUACCAACCUUCAAUUUGCACCUUUAUGGGAGAAAUUCUUUAAUGGGAAUCAAUCAAGUUUGAAUCUUUUUAAUAUUUAUGUUCAUGCUGACCCAACUGUUAAGACUAAAAUCGAAAUCCCAGGUGGCGUUUUCACUAAAGAUCGAUUUAUCGCAGGAAAAGCGACUCAUCGUGGCACUGCAAGUCUUAUCGCGGCUGCACGUCGUCUUAUUGCCAAUGCAAUUCUUGAUGACCCAAGUAACCAGUUCUUUACUUUGAUAUCUCAGCAUUGUAUACCUUUACAUUCGUUUCGAUAUCUUUAUAAUACGUUAUUUGAGUUGAAUACGCAUCAAGUAGCCGAAUUAAGGGGUUUGAAAUAUAAAAGCUUUAUUGAAAUUAUUGAUCAGGAUCCUAAUUUAUGGGAUAGGUAUAAUGCUAGAGGUAAAAAUGUGAUGGUUCCUGAGGUUAAAUUUGAUGAAUUUCGAGUGGGUUCCCAGUUUUUUACACUUACACGAAGGCACGCUAUAAUGGUUCUUAAGGAAAGGAAGUUGUGGAAGAAAUUUAGGUUGCCUUGUUUGAGACCGCAGUCUUGUUACCCUGAAGAACAUUAUUUUUCAACGUUUUUGUCAAUGGUGGAUCUAGAUGGGUGUACUGGUUAUACGUUGACUCGGGUUAAUUGGACUGAUAGUGUCAAUGGGCAUCCACAUACUUAUUAUCCGAAUGAGUUGUCGUCAGAGCUGAUUUACAAUCUCCGAAAAUCGGAUUUUGUUCAGCCUUAUAUGUUUGCUCGCAAGUUUUCGCCAGAUUGCUUGGAUCCUUUGAUGGAGAUGGCCGAUAAAGUCAUUUUCCGGGACUGAAUACUUCUGAUUUUUCUGGUGAGCCAAAUCCAGGUGCCGCAGGAAAUCCUUUCAACGGCAGUGUAUAUACGAAUGCUAAAAGAGUACAUCAACUAAAUUCGGUCACGAUAUGAGGACGAAUGAUUCAACAGGGCUCAAGUGAUCAGUCGGUGGUUAGCAUAAACAAGAACAGCAGCCAAACAGUCCUGUUGUAGUGCAAAUUAACCUCAACUUUAUCACAAGCCCUCUUGUUCAUUUCUGUUUUUCUUUGUGUUGUUUGUAUAGUUUUUGCAGUUGUUUGUGCAUGUUUUUUAGUGAAUGAAGGGCUAGAUGCAUCUUUGAAUCAUGAUUCUGCAACCAUAAGAUUUCGAAGAGUAUUUUGGUUGGUUUAUUGCUUGGCGAAUAAAGUGGCUUAGUGUUACUGGGACACGUGUUCGAUCUCCGGGAUGAUCAUUCUUCAGGUCUUGGGUAACUAAGGGUCUGUAUGAAAUUGAUGCACAUACAUACAUGUAAUAAUCUGAAACAGAGAACCCGGAAAGGGGAAGUGAUACACCUCUUUUAUGCAAUCACACGUGUAUACAAAAUACGUUUUCAA